GCCAAAUUGUGGCCGACAACCCCUCCGCCAAAGGCGGAUGUGGGUUUCAUGAGUUUGAAUGCCUGGACAGGAGCCGGUGGUGGCGCGCUUCCUUGGCUGGCGUGACAAGGGCAGUUUGGGCGAAUUUCCGCAGACCAGCGUCUCCUCUGUGAGCACGGAUGAUGGCACCAACCAUGACUCGCUGCGAAAAGUCGGACCUCCCCAAGCAAUUUGGUCGGACGAUGCAACAUUGGAAAGAACAGAUGGGUUUGACUUUGGAAGUUGGUGGGAGGAUUAUGCUCCCGAGCACGAGCAUCAGCCAUCCAAAUUAAGCAAGGCCGAAGUGGUACGGCCCAAGGUGCCGCCGGUGGCACCACCAGUGCCGUCCCUGACAGCGACAUGUCCUGCGGGUCUGCUGGAGGCGUUGGAAGCUAUGCAGCGGGGAGAAGGCGUGGUCGCGAGCCAGAAGGAGACGCGAACGCCAGGGGUCACGCCAGUGUCGCCAGGCCGUCGCGGCCGCUCCCCUUGGAUCGGUCCUCGCAAGCCGCGGGCGCCACUGCUGGCAGAGCUGGCGGCGUUGGAACUGGAAGCAUCGCCGGGGGAUGCUCCACGCAGUAUUUCGCCAUUGCCGGCUGCAACGGAAGUAGAAGAGGAGGAGGCAUUGAUGGCUUUGGCAGACCUUAGUGGUUCGGAGAUCCUUAGAAUUUGUCGAGGGAAUGUGCCCUCCGUGCAGAAAGCGCUUGAGCGACAGAAUGUGGAAAGAGCGUGGCAAAGAACACGAGUGCGCAAGGAGGAAGCCCAGCGCGGGCGCAAGCGCGCAGCCCAUUUCCGACGGAAAGCUGAAAAAGAGGUUGCCCAGAACAAGGCGGAGGACCAGAGUGACAAGGCCCGUACCGUCAUGCAACGCCUGGAACGGCGUCACGAGCCCAUUAAGACGGUGUCCACGCGUCGCCUGAGUUUGAGCAUCCUGAAAAACAUCGACGAGACCCAGGAGGCGCAGGAUUCUGAACGGAGGUUCUCCCUUGAAGAGGACUUAGCUCCGGAAGAGCAGCGUGAGUUGUCGGAGCGCUCCCGCAGACUCCGCAAGAAAAUCCGUGAAGCAACUCUGGCAGGCAUCCGUGAGAAGAAAAAACACGUGGAUCGAAUGCACCGAAAGAGGCGCUUCAGAGAGGGCUGCUGGAAGGCUCUUCCCCAUUCCGAGCGUUUUGCCAUCGAAGCUGUGUUCAAACUCCACUGCAACGCUUGCAAUGCUUUGUCGCCUUCGGCUACGUUGGAUGCACUGAGAGAUAUUGGGCUUCGAGGUCGGACCAUGGUCGAACGAAACUGUGUCGAGAAAGCUGUCAAUACCUUGGUUCGGGAUCUCCUUCGAGUCGAGGAGGAGGGGAUGUUGGGUGCCUGGGGUUCUGCACCGGAGGGUGAGCCGCAAAUUUGGUGGAGAUCCGCCAGAGAGAUCUCUGCUUUGCCUGCUGCCCAUCUGGCAUCCAGCAAGGUUCCACCCCGGGCUCAGAGUGGGAGGCUCGCUGCCAGGGCCUCUAUCUUCCCUGUAUCGCGUGGCAGUGUGGGUAGCAUGCCAUUGAUGGGCUUCAAACCCGGCGGGCCGAGUUCGGCAAGGUCGUCCAAGUCCAAUGAUCAUGACUCCACUUCAGCGAAGGACUUGGCGAAGGCCUUGGAAAAGGCCACCCCGCGGCCCACGGGUAUUCCUUUGGAAGCCUUCGGCGCCGAGGUCAUGCCAUGUGCACGCUGGGAACUCUUUGAGCAGAGGACGGAGCCGCACUUUCGUCUCUUUGUGCAGGAAAUGGAGACAUCCAGAAAUCCCAGCGGCAUCAGCUACGACCAAUUUCAGCACAUGAUCUCUGAGAUGGGCUUGGAUAAAGCGAAAGGCCCGCUGCCCCCUGCAAUCAAAGGAGGCUCUCAGAAGAUCGGGCCAGAGACCUGCAUGGAUUUGGAGAUGGUCCACAUUCGCCUGUUGCAAUUGGAAGAACGCGCGGCCAGGGAAGCUGCAGCGAGAGAAUGGGCAAUUGCGAAGCUGGCAAACGUCAACGAUCAACUUUUCAGACAAUACAGGCACGAGCUGCUCUGGAUCUACGACAUGUUCAACUCCCAUGAUGAGGAGCACUGUGGCUCCUUGGGUGAGUUUGAAGUUCGCCGCCUCAUGAAGUACAUGGGUCUUGAACCCUACUUUCGCCAUUAUUCGCCAGAGAAGCCUGGCUGUGACAAAGAGGCACUGAUCGAAAAACUCAUCAAAGAGGUUGAUGCCAACCGUGACGAUGAAAUUGAACUGACGGAGUUCUUGUCGUUGGUGGGGCAUGUACGAAAACUGAUGAUGAAGUUGCGAAAGAGCAGGGUGAGCAGAUGCUUUUUGAAGGCAGAUCUGGAUGCGACCGAGUGCCUGGCGUAUGAUCAGAUUGUGGCAGCACUGGCUCAGGAUGGAUUGCUGCGGACUCGUGGUGAGUAUGCCAUAGCGCACAAACUUCUCGAUGAGGAAUUUGAUUUGAGUUUUGUUCUGCGUGCGGCUGCACGCAGUGACUUGGCAGAGUGUGACGUGGAAUAUCACGAGGGUUUGCAUUUGGGCUAUCGCAAUGGCGAUUUGGAUCCUGCCUUCCACUUUGGCCACGGGCUUUCCUACACUCGUUUUGAGCACAGUGACUUGCAGGUGGAGCAGAAAGCCACAAUGGCCACCGUCACCCUGCAGGUGAAAAAUGUGGGCGCUGUGGCGGGGGCUGAGGUUGUUCAGUUGUACAUCACGACGCUGCAAGUACCACGUGCCCUGAAAGCCUUCGCACGCACCAAGACUUUGCAACCUCAGGAGAGUUGCAAGGUCACGCUGCAGUUGGACGAGCGAGCGCUCGGGAGUUUCUAUGACCCUGACCAAGGUGGAUGGGUGCGCCCUCUCCAAGACCGUGAGAUUCUGUUGGAAGUCGGUGCCUCCUCUAAGGAUGUACGUUUGAGCCAGAAACUCAUCACAUGACUGUGGCUGCCAGGGUUGAAGAAAAAAAAUUGGGUACACCCC